GCCUGCAGCAGCGCCUUUCAGUUUCGUCUCACUGGUCGCCUGCCCUGCCUUUUAGGUCGCUAGCUCUCGUGAUCAGUAUGCUGGACUUGUGUGGAUUGUGGGUAGCCCUGUUCUGGAUGACCUGCUCAGAUAAUAAUACAACUUGCUCACUACCACUUUCAACCACCUCCAGAGCAACCAGGCAGCCGAGAUUUACCAGUCUAAACCCACGGGCAACCAUGCAGCAGUCGAAGCUGAAGCGGCUGCUGCUCGCCCGCAAGCAUGUACACGAGCAGCAGCAGCAGCAGCCACAGGACCUGCUCCGCAACGAAGCCGCACCAUUCCGGGGAUACCUGCCCACUCACCCGUCCAUCCUGGACCACAGCUUGGACCCAGCCGUCUCGGCCGCCAUACCCCCGUUACAGGGCGCGGCGACCAGCAACCCCCCAGCCGGCCCAGCACCUCCGGCCCGCAACCGCGGCCCGAGCCCGCCGCCGCCAAACAACCCCUACCUCGCCGCCAUCGCCGCCAAAGAGCGCUCCAUGACGCUCGCCUACAUCCGCACCAUCCCACCAUCAUCAUCAUCCCAACCCUCGGCCGACCUCCCCACCAUCCCCGCCGACGACCGCGGCUUCGGCCAGCGCUACCAGCAGCUCCACCCCUCGGCCGCCCCCGUCGUCACCCACACGCGCGUCCCCGCCGCGCUCCUCACCGGCGGGCCGCGCGACUGCGUCGUGUGCGCCGACACCCUCCCGGCCUCGCGCUUCCCCGCGCUGGCCGUGACGCGCCGGUGCGCCCACCCGCCGCGCGCCUGCCUGCGCUGCGUCGCCGCCUCCAUCGCCGCCGACCUGGCCGCGCGGCUCCAGUUGUGGGACUACAACACCAAAAACAACAACACCAACGGCGGCGGCGGCGGCUCCGUGCGCUGCCCCGAGUGCGCCGCCCCGCUCGCCUACGACGACGUCCAGCUCUUCGCCGACCCGCCCGACCGCGCCCGCUACCAGGCCCUGUCGUUCCGCGCCGUGGCCGCCGCAGCCGCCCCCGGGUUCCGCUGGUGCCCCGCCGCGGGGUGCGGGUCCGGGCAGGCGUGUGGUAGCGGGAGCGAGAGCGGGAGCGGGCGGGCCGAGUGCGUGCGGUGCGGCGCCGGCUUUUGCGUCGCGCACGACGUGACCUGGCACGAAGGGUUGACGUGCGCGGAGUACGACGGCCUGCUCGCCGACCCGGACGGCGGCGGCGGCGGCGGUGGUGCUAGGGAGGAGGAGGAGGAGGAGGAAGACGAGGACACGCGCGAAGGGCGCGAGAGGGCGGAGCGCGCGCGGCUGGUGCACGAGGCGCGCCGCCGGGCCGCGCAGCGCGGCAGGGAGCUGCGGCUGACCGAGGCCACCAUAUUUCAGACCACGAAGCGGUGCCCUGGGUGCCGGUGGCCGAUCGAGAAGAACAAGGGCUGUUCGCACAUAACCUGCACAAUGUGCUCCUACGAGUUCUGCUAUGACUGCGGCCUAAAGUGGAUGGACGGAUGCCGCAAUACAUCCUGCGGUGGAGCCUGAAUCUCGGUCUAUCUCACGGGUAACUUGGCAUACUUUCACAAGCAGGCAAGGAAUCCGCCAGAAUCCCAUCAAGAGGCAACCCCUAUUUGAGUUAAUUCGUAUAACACAUGGCUCCGCUGUGAUUCAGGGUAAACCUAGGGGCAUAAGAAACAAGGUAAUAGUACAUGACAUCGUUUACUCGUCAAACCCCCGCAGUCCCUUCUCAGCCUGUGUUGCAGUAAGGCCGUUUUGGAUACCGUGAAACUCCUCAGGCGAAGGGACAAUAAUGUGGGAAGCGCGGAAAAUAUCAAUAUCGAAUGGAGCA